AUGGGUUAUUUGACUGGCUUGAAGGCUCAAGACAUCCGUCCUGACAUGGAGCUAGCAUGUACAUUGAAUUUCAAUCCUGAUGCAGCUGACUUCAUUCCAGGAGAAAGACAAGCUUCUGAUAUAAAUUGGGUAAAUAAAGACAAAGUGGACUCUAAUCAGAAUAGAAGUGAUUUACCAUUUCCCAGUCAAUCUUCUGACAGAAGUACAGAUUAUAAAAGCUCUUCCAAAAAGCAGCCUGGCUUUUGUAAUCCAGAAAGUCAGUAUGGGAAUUGUCAAGACUUUCACCAUUUUUUUGGUACCAGUAAAAGUUCGAAGAAUCGCAACUUUCAAAGCCAGCGAUGGCCCAGAUCCAGAAAUGAUAGCACUUGUCCUAGAAAUAAGGUGAGGCAGACUGCUACUGAUGCUGCUGCAGGUCCAGGAAGUUCGGAUAAUUCAGUGGUACCUGGAAGAAGAGCAGCUGCUAGAGGAUAUAAUGACUUUCUCUCCUCAGAGAGUGACAGAGAACUAUCUAAUGCAGACAGCAGAGGAGCAAAGCCAAAGAAGACACACCUGAUGCAUGCAUCUGGAAGAGGAUUCAAGGAGAAGGGAAAGCAAUUACAUGAGCGGGAAAAGAGGGUGAACUCUAAACAGAAAGUUGAGCUGCUGGAAAAUGUACCUUCUGUGGAUUUGACUCAGUCUGACUCCUCAGAAUCGUCUUUUGGAAAAGCCUUCUGCGAGGCGCUUAUUGGUAGCGGGGAUGAGCAGAAAAGCUACAACUAUGUUAACAAGAGGUAUCCUCGAAAACCUGUGUGGAAUAAGCCACCAGUAGAAAAAGACUAUCAGAAAAGACAUGAUUCUCACCGCAGUAAAAAUACAAAAGUAGGUAAGAAGUCUUCUCUUCCAUAUCCUUCGAAAGAUAAAAAUGAGAGGAAAAAAGAACUCUCUGUUCACAAAAGUGAUGAACCCUCAACCAGUGAAAUCAGGCCUCAGUUGUCUGACUCUGUCAGGUGUAACGGAAGAAAAUUCCUGCUAAAGGAGGAUCAGUCACCUGCCCUUCAUUUCAGCUGGACCCAGUACUGGAAAAAGCAGAGCGAUGUACCAAAAAACAAAGAAACUCAUACAGGCUCCCUGAUUGAACAGCUGACCACAGAGAAGUAUGAGUGUAUGGUAUGUUGUGAGGUAGUGCGAAUCGUGGCACCAGUGUGGAGUUGCCAGAACUGUUACCACGUAUUCCACCUGAACUGCAUCAAGAAGUGGGCAAGAUCACCAGCUUCACAGGCUGAAGAUGGUAAUAGUGGUUGGAGAUGUCCAGCUUGUCAGAAUGCUUCUACACAAGUUCCUACAACUUAUACUUGUUUCUGUGGUAAGGUAAACAAUCCUGAAUGGAAUAGAAAUGAAAUUCCACAUAGCUGUGGAGAACUCUGUGGGAAGAGGAGACAGUGUUUAGACUGUCCACAUCUUUGUAACAUCCUCUGCCAUCCAGGACCUUGCCCUUCAUGCCCAGCCUUUGUGACAAAAACCUGUGAAUGUGGACGAACGAGUCACUCAGUUCGUUGUGGCCAGUCAACAGCAAUUCGUUGUUCUAAUGUUUGUGGAAAUACUUUAAACUGUGGUAAGCACAGCUGUACUCAAGUGUGCCAUGCAGGAAAAUGUUCCCCUUGCCAACUAGUAGUACAGCAAGUGUGUUACUGUGGGAGCAACUUUAAAGAUGUAUUAUGUGGGACAAAGGAAGAAUUCUCUGAUGGAUUUGGGAAUUUCUCAUGUCAGAAGAUAUGUGGCAAGAAAUUAAACUGUGGAAGACACAACUGCACACAAGUAUGUCAUCCUCAGCCCUGCCAGCUCUGUCCACGACUUCCCCAAGUAGUGUAUCGCUGUCCCUGUGGCCAGACUCCUCUCAGCAAGUUAUUGGAACUAGGCUGCGUUGAACGUAAAUUAUGCACAGAUCCCAUCCCAUCGUGUGGAAAAACGUGCGGCAAACCUCUUUCUUGUGGGAGCUAUGAGUUUAUUCAUACAUGUGAAAGCCUGUGUCACGAAGGAGAUUGUAGACCAUGUUCUCGCACGUCAAAUAUUUAUUGUAGAUGUGGCUUCAAGAAAAAGGAAGUCCCAUGUACGCUCCUGAGAAAUAAAGCUGCUAUUACAUUCAUGUGUGACAAGCGAUGCAACAAGAAAAGGUCAUGUGGACGACACAAAUGUAAUGAAAUUUGCUGUGUGGACACAGAACACAAAUGUUCUUUGGUUUGUGGGCGCAAACUCAACUGUGGACUUCAUAGAUGUGAAGAACCCUGCCAUCGAGGCAGCUGCCAAACGUGCUGGCAAACAAGUUUUGAUGAGUUAACUUGUUACUGUGGUGAAUCAGUGAUUUACCCACCAGUCCCCUGUGGCACUCAGCCACCAGAAUGUAAAAGAACGUGCACCAGGCCUCAUGAGUGUGAUCAUCCAGUGUACCAUACAUGUCAUAGUGAGGAGAAAUGUCCACCAUGUACCUAUCUCACUCAGAAAUGGUGUAUGGGCAAGCAUGAACUGCGGAGUAAUAUUCCCUGUCAUCUCACUGAUAUUUCCUGUGGACUUCGCUGCAAUCAAAUGUUAAAAUGUGGAAUGCACAAAUGUAAAAGAAUCUGUCAUAAAGGAGAAUGUCUUAUAGAUGAAGAAUGUAAACAGCCAUGUACUAUUCCAAGGCUGUAUUGCAAUCAUCCCUGUAUGGCUCCAUGUCAUCCUUCUUCACCCUGCCCAACAACUUCCUGUUCUGCUAAGGUCGAUCUCCAUUGUGAAUGUGGAAGAAGAAAAGAGAGUAUGAUUUGCUCAGAAGCAUCUAACACAUAUCAAAGAAUAGCUGCUAUAUCUAUUGCCACUAAGUUAACAGAUCUGCAACUUGGAGAUUCUGUGGAAAUCAGUAGGCUUAUUACAAAAAAAGAAAUGAAGCAGGCCAGGCUGCAAUGUGAUGAAGAGUGCUUAGCUCUUCAGAGGAACAGGCGUCUUGCCGAGGCUCUUCAGAUAGAUGAUAAUUCUGAUCCUUUCAACGUCAGCUCUUCCGGACCAAAGUACAGCGACCUUUUAAAAGAGGAUGCGAGGAAAGAUUUAAAAUUUGUCAGUGAUAUUGAGAAGGAAAUGAAAAUGCUUGUGGAGGCUGUGAAUAAGGGCAAGCAUACAAAGAAGAGUCACUGUUACCCACCGAUGAACAGAGACCAUCGCAGAAUCAUCCAUGAGUUGGCUCAGGUUUACGGCAUUGAAAGUGUGAGCUACGACAAUGAACCAAAGCGCAACGUCGUUAUCACUGCGGUGAAGGGGAAGUCGGUUUGUCCAAGCAAUACCUUGACUUCUGUGCUGGAUAAAGAAAUGCAGAGCAGACCUCCACCUCCUAUUCCUCACUACAAGCAAACAGAUAAGAGUAUCGGAAACAAUGGUUUGCCAAAAUCAUUAAAAGAAGAGCCAGUAAUUGACUACUUUGAUGUCCAGGACUGA